AUGACGACUCUCGUAACUCUUCGACAGCCGCUGGAACUUCUUAGCAUGAGCGACCAGCCAGUGCGCCGAUCAAAGCGCCAGCCGGAAACACUAGCCGCGGAUUACGAACAAGACGACGACUUUCAGUUUGUGCGGAAAUCGAAAAAGGCGAAAAAAGAUGAGCAGCAGCCGGCGGUGGAUCUUCCCGUGAGGAAAUCGUCGAGAGGGAGGCCUUCUGCGGCGGCUGUAGCGGCGAGGGAGCGGGCGGCGAGGGAAUCGAUUGGCAGUGAUGAGCAGGUGGAUCUGAUUGCGGCGGCGACGACGACCACGACGACGAAAAAGUCCUCCUCACGACGAAAAGUAUCAAAUGACGCGCUCCAGGACGAGCCGCCCGCCAAGGUCUCGAGGAAAGGAACGAGAAAGAGCUCGCGGCUUUCAAACGAAUAUGCUUCAGUUGAAGAGCAGCAGGCUCCGCCACGGACUAAUGGCUCUUCAACUACUCAGGUGCGCACCAAGAAGGCACCAAAAUCCAAAGCGCCACCGGCGGUACAGGAGGGAGAAGGAGAUGACUCAAUGGCAGAGUCGCCGGUGCAAGAGACGGCUACAAGGGCCACCAAGAUUGCGCUGCCAAUGAGCGACACGCCCAUCAUUAACCGGAACAAGGAAAUGAGAAAGAAGGGGGCCAACGGGAGCCGAAGAAGCAGUCUGGGAUCUCGCGGACGCAGAGCGAGCUCGCUCAUAGAGAGCGGACAGGCGGCUAUUCCGCAUCGCGAAGUCAGCACCUCUGCGUUUUACAAGCACAUUGAAGCGGAUUUGCUGGAGCCGCGGCGGAUGAAGCAGCUGUUGAUAUGGUGCGGUGAGCGAGCGCUGUCGGCGAAGCCGCGCGGCACUGUCAACUCUGGUGCAGUUCUUGGAGCUCGCGCGAUUCAAGACCAGCUACUAAAGGAUUUUGCGACAAGAUCGGGAUUUUCAGAUUGGUUCAACAGAGAGGACCAUGCGCCCAAAGCGCCCGUCGUAAUGAAACCGAAUCCUCGGAAUGCUGAGCUGGACGAGAAAUUGGCAGUUCUGCAGGCAAGAAUCAAGAGGCAAGUUCCACUGCAAGAAGAGAAGAAGGCGUGGCUGGCAAUACGGAAACCACCUCCCGAACAACCGCCUCUAUUCACGCCACAAGAGAAAGACGCAGACACAAUCACAUUGCCCGAUUUCGACCUGUUAGAUCCAGAAGAAGGUAAAAUCAGGGGCUUCCUAGUCGAUGAAACCAACAGCUUUGCCAGCAUACGAUCACAGACACAAACGCGGUUACGGCAAAUCCAAUCGUCUCUGGAAUUCGAAGUAGAUCAGUUGGCAGACAACGUCCACAAGCUGGAGCAGCGGGUCAAGGUCGCGGGCAAGGAGGCGGACCGAGUACUGGCUUUGAGCGCCGCGAGGUUGAAAGAGCGAGAAGAGAGGGAGAGGAAGAGGGCGGGAACCAAGGACCUGCCCAUCGUCAUGGUGUUGCGAAGCUUGAGCAGCAUACUGCCCGAGGGAGGUGGAUGA